AUGGAUCCUUUCCAUGAUCCGCCUCCCGACAGCCUGGCGGCCGCCCGACUCCAUGUUCAGGCCCUCACCGAGUGUGGAUUAUCCCGCGAGGCGCUCCUGCGUGCCCUAUUGGAGAACUACGAGGAUGGAGAGGCACCACCGGCGGUAACGUUGGAGGCGGGCUCUCCGCAGCAGGCUGCGCAGCAGGGACAGCAGCCGGCUCAUCAGGGGAAGAUGCCCUCACAUGGAAGUUUCAACACUAGGUUAUCCAUUUCCACGACGAGCUCCCAUUCAUCCGGAAGGGCAAGUGUUAUGUCCACGGCAACAUCGAUGAGCUCGGUGUCAUCCCCAGGCGGGCUUGGGACUGGCGCUCCGGAAAUCGCUGCGCCGCCGCCAUUGCCUCCGCCGCCUGCGCCGCCCAUCAAGAGCAACAACAGGGGGAGCUCCAAACCGCGAGGGACUUAUUGGUGCACCUUCUGCGACGUCGACUUCCAACGCAAGUUUGACUGGAAGCGGCACGAGGACGAGUUCCACGAACGCUAUAAACGCUACCCUUGUCCAAAUUGCAACCGCAUCUUCUGGGGCGCCAACACGUUCAACCAGCAUCACAAGAACGCCCAUGGCUGCACGACGUGCCCACAUGCUGACCGGGUGGUGAAAUAUACACAGAAGAAAACAGCCUGGGCAUGCGGCUUCUGCGGUGGAUUUCUUGCGAGCCGUGACCGCUACUUCGACCAUGUCGCCCGCCAUUACGAAGACGGCUGCAACAAGUCGCACUGGAACCACUCACUGGUCAUCUACGGCCUCCUGCACCAGCCAUCCAUCAGCCAAGCAUGGAAAGAACUCGACGCCGAACUCUACGGCCAUCUGCCACGCAACCAGCAGCCCCUGUUCGAAUGGGAUCACGACUUGACGGGCCAUGCACAGGGCUUUCUCGAGGGCGAAAACCCGGGGAAGCUGCAGGAUCUGCUCGAAUUCUUCAACGAGGGCCGUGACGACCCGAAACUCCUUGCUCGCCUCGCGCACGAGUCGGCCACCAUCAGGCUUCGUAACGAGGUCCGGCCAACGGCUACGCCGAUCCCGUCAGCUGCCUCGCCCAAUGCACGACCCACCUCAGAACUGCCGAAGCAGAACAAAGUGUUAAAAUCAUUGCCUUCAACGAAACAUACGUCCACGCCCCAGGCAACACGGGGCCCGUCACCAUCGUACGACGACGGACCGUUACUGAAGAGGCAGCGUAGCCUCGCCCUCAUCCCCGACACGUUCCCGAAGAAUAACCCUUUCUUUUCCCAAUCCCAGCAACACUCACAGCCGCACACGCCGCAGGAGGCAAUAGCAGCCUUUCCACAACCGAUGAUGGGAACGGCAACGGGGGGAUUUUAUGAUUUGACAGCGACGCACGUCCAUCCGCACAUGCAAACGCUCAUGUCGCAGAUGACGCCACAGCAACAGCAGCAAUUACACGAACAGGAGCAACAGCAGCUACAGCAACCUCAGCAACAACAACAAUCACAGCAACAGCAGCAGGUGCAGAAUCUGAUGGUGCCGUUGAAUAUCUACGACGACUGGAGCUCCAUGGCCGGAACGGUAGUGGAUGAUUCGAUGUUUACGAGCGCCAUGGCUAUGUGGCAGCCACCGGACUUGGGGAGGGGACAUGCCGGGUCAAGCGGAUGA